CUGAAACAGUGCAUUGGUCCAAGUUUGAAUCUUAGCGGAGUCAUAAGGCACUGCUUCAAAAUCCAGUAGUUAACAUUGUCCUUAUCCACUGGAACAAUCAAAACCACCCAAAUGGCUGGUGCACUUUUAGUAAGAGUGAAAUCAGUAACUUCUCAGUCUUGUGUGACUUGCAGCAAUCCCAAGGAAAUAUUUUUAAGUGCCUUGUAUGCUAGGGAAGUUGCCCAGUGGGGCUCACACAUGCUGGCUGAUUUGUAUGAAGCACUACAAGGGUGCAGUGUAUGUCAAGACUUAUACUUUCAAAUGAGGAUGCAGGAAUGGGUUGAUUAGCAAUGUCUUAGCUAGGAGAAAAGAUGUGAGAAGUCCUUUUCCAGGUGGGGUCCAGCUUUUCUCCCUUUUGAGCACAGAUGGUUGUACAGUAGCAAACUCUUUCACUGGCGUCCUUGCUGGAGUUGGGAUGAACAUGUAGAGAGGGAUGGAGGAGGAGAUGGCAGUGUAACUUCCUAGCAUGGUUAAAGUCAUCAUAGAGCUCCAAAGAUCUACCAGUAUCUACUGCCGGUAACAGCAGCUGAGUGAUUACAUUUCAGAAUCCCUUGCAGACUAUAUGUUUUGUUCCAGCAGAAAAGAGUAAAGCUUAUUGCUGAAGAGCAGAAACUUGAACUUAGAAGACCUGUGUGUUAGCGUGGAAGCAGUAGUAAGUUUGGACCUCUUGUGUGACCCGCCCAUCAGAGGAGAUAUCACAGUAUGCAAAGCAUAAACUAUAUUAGUGCAUAACUGUAUAAGUGAGUAACUAUCUGUGAACAAUAUAUUAGAGCACAAGCCAUCUCUCCUUGCUAUGUGAAGAUGUAUACAAGUAUUUUACCAGACUUUGGGAACAAUUAUUUUUUUUAUCUGUCUUGUAAUACAAGCACUUUAACACUCAGAAUUUCCAUAUUCCCAGGAGACUUAACGAGAGUCUGAAAGGAUGCCCAAACCAAAUGACUUGGGCAGCGUUAUAAGUUUCUGAAUUGUGGAAGGUGGGGCCCUCCUUUACCUCACAGCCGUGCUGAUCUCUUUGACCUGAGCAAAGAUCAAGAGCUGAACCUUGCAUACAUUUCUUCUGUUCCUCAUGGCGGCAUUGAACAAGUUCGAAUUCACUGGUUACUGGAAUUGGUUGCUGUCAGAGUGAUGAAUGAGAAACUUCACUACAAUUUUACUGCCUUGGAUAACCUUAUGGAUCUCCUGUGGGAAAAUAAGUUAAUUCCAGGAUUUGAAUUGAUGGGAAAUCCAUCAGGAUACUUUUUAAAUUUUGAAGAUAAAGAGCAGGCAGUAAGAUGGAGAAAUUUAAUUACACUUCUGGCCAGGAGAUAUAUAGAUAGAUACGGAUUGGAGCAUGUUGCUAAAUGGAAUUUUGAAACUUGGAAUGAACCAGACCACCAUGACUUUGACAAUGUGUCUAUGACAGUGGAAGGGUUCCUCAACUAUUAUGAUGCCUGCUCAGAAGGAUUAAGAGCAGCCAGUCCUCUACUAAAAUUUGGAGGGCCUGGAGAUUCCUUCCACCCUUUUCCCAAGUCACCCAUAUGCUGGAGUCUUCUGCGUCAUUGCUACAAUGGAACCAACUUCUUCACAGGCGAGACUGGCGUAAGGCUGGACUACAUCUCUCUUCAUAAGAAGGGAGGUGGGUGUUCUCUCUACAUCUUGGAACAAGAAGUGGAAGCAGUUGAACAAAUUCAGAAGUUGUUUCCAAAUUUUGCUUCUGUUCCCAUAUACAAUGAUGAAGCAGAUCCUAUGGUUGGAUGGUCCAUCCCACAGCCGUGGCGAGCUGAUGUGACAUAUGCAGCUAUGGUUGUAAAGGUAAUCAUCCAGCAUCAAAACCUGCUUAUUGCCAAAGCCAACAACACCAUCAACUAUACACUACUGAGUAAUGACAAUGCCUUCUUGAGCUACUACCCCCAUUACUUCACACAGCGGACUCUGACAGCACGUUUCCAGAUGAACAAUACAAAGCCACCUCAUGUCCAGAUGGUGCGGAAACCAGUGCUGACUGUCAUGGGCUUGCUGGCACUGCUAGGAGAAAAACAGAUCUUCGCAGAAGUAAAGAGCAGUGAAGGCGAAAGCACUGAAAACGACACAGUUGGUGUCCUGGCAUCUGUGCACACCCCAAGUGAGCUGCAGCCCUCUGACAGUUGGCAAGCUACUCUACUGAUUUAUUCAAGUGAAGAUAACAAGACUUCAUCCAAUAUCAGCACUGUCACAGUGAAUGCCACCCACUUCCCCAAACUUAGAGAGCCAGUGUAUAUGACGUAUUACCUGGAUAACAACCAAACCAAUCCCUACCUGAAGUGGAAGGAGGUAGGAAGCCCUGACUUUCCAUCCCCAGAGCAGUUCCAGCAAAUCAGGGAUGCUGAGGACCCAGUGGCAACAGGCCCCUUCACUUUUCCUGAAGGAGGCAUCCUGACACUGAAGCAAGACUUCCCCGUUCCCUCAGUCUUUCUCAUCCACAUCUGUGCAAGACCCAGUUCUGUUCCUGAUCAAGUGACUGGUGUUCGUUUCAUCCCUCUCACAAAAGGACAGGUUGUUGUGUUGUGGGACGAUGGUUGUGUAAAUUCAAAAUGUAUAAAGACAUUUGAAGUGCAGUUCUCACCAGAUGGAAAAGCCUACCAGCGGAUUAAUGCCAAAGACACAAUAUUCACUCUCUGGGUCUACAGUCCAGGAAGCUCAGUCUCCGGCUUUUACAAAGUGCGUGCCAUUGACUACUGGGGGAAGGCAGGCCUGUCCUCCGUUCCUGUGGAGUAUGUUGAAGCUUUCAAGUGACUCUGAAGAGUGGUGCCUGGUUUGUUGACUGAGUGGUGUAUGCUCCCUGCAGAUGACAACUCCCCAGAAAAGUAAACUCCUCCCAAGCUUAGGAGGGAGUAUUGAAAGGACCUGAUGAAGCAAGUUGGGAAUGCAAGUUGGAAGCAACUGCCCCCGUUAACUCUUCAGAGCUCAAAGUCAGCAUUAUCAAACAGCCACAACUGACAACCCAGCUUGUACAAUUAUAGGACUGGGAUUUGUUUUUCUAACUAGGAAUUAUGGAAAUAAAUUUUUGUUAUUCUC